AAAACAGAUAACAUUCUUUGUAUCUCUUUGUAAUGUUUUAUUGACCCUAAAUAUUAACGAAGUGAAAGAUUGCUGAAUAGAAGGCACUCUACUUUAGGCUUCUGGAGCUCUUCUGCCUCUGGAGGUAUAAAAUUACACAGGACAUAAACAAACAUGGCUGACGUUUACUGGCGUCUCGUACAGAUUUUCUCUACCUUACCAAAGAAAACCUGGCUUUACGGACCUUGCAUCCUUUUAUCUGGAUGCGUAACAUUGAUAGUGUCUUCCAAGGCAUCUGUAGAUAAUCUGGCAUUCUUGAAGUUUACAACGAAGACGAAAAAUUGUGAUAUAACUUGCAACGUCAACAAUUUUCUGUCAAAUGCAAAGUCGUCUGCUAAAUCUUCCCUUUCCAGUGACUGCAGUACGGGAUACAAAUCAGACAAGUUAAUCACCGAUGUAUCCGAUAUUUUAGGAGAAUAUUCCUCUGCUGGAGGCAGGCAGAUUUCUGCGGAAGGAGUCUUGGUUACGAUUCCAUCUGGUUGUGAUGAGGCUGAUAACUCAGGGGCAGACAACUCUGACUAUACGGACCUUCCCAAGGACUGGGUUGGGAUUGUUCACUAUGGCAGAUGUUACAGCGGGACGAGUGAGAACUCCAGUGAGAAAUGGCCUUCUGUCAUUGACAGGGUGAAAACAGCCUUAAUGUUUGGAGCUUCAGCCAUUAUCAUUUUGUCCAUGAACCCUAAACUGCUUAAAGAGUUGGACUUACCUCAGAUGUUCUCCAAACCCAUCAUCCUGGUCCAAUCUCCAGAGAACAUCACUACCGUGCUCUCAAUUCUCUCCUGUUACUGUAGAAAGGCCGCUGUCAAAGUGAAGAUCACCUUCAACUCGACUCUGGAGGAUCUCAAGAAAGAAACUACCUUGACCUGGUGGACAUCUUGUGGCUGGUCCAUAGGCACUGUUCACGGGCGUCAGUGGGCUGGAGUUGUCUGCCUUGACAAACACAAUACAGAGACAAACAAGGCUGAUCCGUACAGUUUCUGGAACUUUUUCUAUUCUGCUCUUCUGACUCUGAUGCUUCUGUUCAUUGUGAAAGCCAAGAGGAGGAAUGGGGCCUGGGUGGCUGGGGAUCAGGAUAUGGAGCUGUCUUUACGUCGCCUGGCUCACCAAGCUCUAUGUGUGAUGACAGUCAAGAAGUAUCAGAGAACAGAGAAGCGAGACAUGUGUGCUAUCUGCCUGGAAUACUUCCUGUCAAAUCAGAAGGUGCGUGUACUUCCUUGCUGCCAUGAGUUUCAUACUCGCUGCGUUGAUAUGUGGCUGGUGGAGAACCGGACGUGCCCCCUCUGCAAGCAUAACAUACUAGGUCACACAGAGAAGUUUUGAGCAAGUCCCUACAGCAUUAUUUAUGAAAUCAAUAUUUAUACAUGUGAAUUAUACAAUGUAUGUGUCAUAUAGAGUCCCCUUACAGCUCUACCAAUGUACAUUAUUUGUGCUGUUGUGGUAAGUGUUGUGCUGUAAACCGAAUCAUGAUAUUGUUGAGGCAUUGCUUUGUGAAAUGCUAUCUAACCACUCCGCUCUUUUGUCUGUUGUACAACGCAAUGCAAUAAAUGGUUGCCAUGUAUAACUUGUUAUUUUGUCUUUCCAAUGCAUCAUUAGCUACUUUUUGUCAUGUUUAGAGGAAAACUUAAAGGAAUUUUACAGUUUUUAUCAGAAAAAACUAAAAGUAGGAAAAACACAGUGAGUUUCUUGCUUCUCAGGACUUUCCAUCCUUAAUUCAGUAAAGCCUAGGCUGGAGUGUUUGUAUGUGAUGAGUUCUCUUUUGUGAUAUUGAGUUUGUUUUUGUUUCCCACAUUCUUUGUGCAUGUGUUUGUUUUUUAUUGUGAGUUCACAUAAUCUUCAUGUAUAAGAGACUUUUUGAUCUGUCGGCUACUGUGUUCACAAUUUAUUAGAUUUUAUUGACCAUUUAUGAUAUCGACAUAGGGGAACAUAUAAAAAUAAGUUGAGCGGAAAUGGAAUGUGUAGUCCGUCAAAAGUCAGUAUAUGUAUUGUAACACCUUGAAGGCUAUGGUAGUUUUGUUUAUUAUUUAUUUAGCGAAUUACCUUGUGGCUGAUCACUUUGAUCAGUUCUGGAUAACUCUCCACUAUGGUUGAAUGAAUGAAUGAUUAUGGCUGAAGGCCAUAUCGGCAAUAUUUCAGCCAUAUCAUGGCGACGCUGUGGUUGAGACUUAUACGUUACUGCGUAUGCGUCGUAUGUCUCGCUCUGUACCUAAAUAUAAAUAUACAUAUUCAUUAUACAAGUCCUAGAAUGCCAAAUAAACUUGACCCUGUGUACUCA